AUGACAAUUGUAGUGAAGUACGGCGAUUAUAGAAGGCUCAGUGUGGCGGAGAAGCCACUUGGUCGUCUCGCAGUCUGUUCGGUGAUCGAGCUCACGGUGAUCAUCAAAGAGCUGUGUUUUGGCAACAAGAAGAAAAAGAAGAAGAUCAUGGCAAUGAUAGUGGAUGCAUUUGCAGGAAAGCUGGUGGAGAGACUGGCUAAUAUAAUUGAAGAGGAGGCCAUCAUGGUGUUAGGUGUCAAGGAUGAACUCCAAAAGCUUCAGCGAAGGAUGAAGAUGAUCGCAUGCGUGCUCAAGGACGCUGAGAAGAAGAAGAUCCAAUACGAGACUGUCAAAUUAUGGGUCGAUGAGCUGAAAGAUUGGAUGUACGAUGCCAAAGACAUCAUUGAUCUUUGCAUGAUACAAGGCUCUGGACUACUCUUGCAAGAUGAUGAUCAUCAUUCUCUGGCUGAGUCAAGCACUACUGCCUUCAAAAGGGUACACCGUAGUUUAUCUUCGUUCUCUAGUAUUGUGCGCAGUGUACCAUUUCGUGAUGAUGCAUAUGUCAUGAAUGAAGCUUCUUAUAGCCAAAGUUCCUUCUUACCUGAACCAGACAUUGUGGGGUGGGAUAUUAGAGAUGCAACUAAGAGUCUUGUUGACUUAUUGGUCAGUCCUAAUGAACAGAAAUGUUUCCUUUUUUCCAUUGUCGGUAUGGGGGGUAUAGGCAAAACCACACUCGCACAACAAAUUUAUAAUGAUUCAAAGAUAAAUGAUCAUUUGGUGUUACAUUCGUGGAUUUGGGUUUCAAAAUCUUUCAGAUCAGAGGCUGACUUGUUGAAAGAAAUCAUAAGAAAUGUUGGGGGUAGCUAUGGAGAGUCAACGACAGUGGCAGAGUUACAAAAAAUUCUUUCUAAUGUUCUGCAUUUGAAGAGUUUGUUCUUGGUUUUGGAUGAUGUUUGGAAUGCGGAUGUAUGGAUUGAUUUAAUUAAAAAUCCGAUACAAAUAGCAACAACAAAAUGUAGAGUCUUGGUUACCACAAGAGACAGAAAUAUUACUAUGAGAAUGGGGGCAAUUCAUAGUCACAAUGUUAAUAAAUUGUCUUUGGAUUUUGGUUGGGAAUUAUUUUGUAAGAAAGUUUUUACAGACAAUGAUGUGAGUGAUAUGCAAAGAAUGAAGGAUAUUGGGUUGCAAAUCGUUGAGAAAUGCGAUGGUCUUCUGGUCGCGAUCAAAGUUAUUGCCGGUGUUCUUAUAACAAAAGACCGAAAUAAGGGAGAAUGGCAGAAUCUUCUUAACAGCGAUGCGUGGACUAUGACUGGACUUCAAGAAGAGCUCCGGGGAGCAUUAUAUUUUAGUUACGAAGCUUUGCCUCCUGCUCUUAAACAAUGCUUCCUUUUUUGGUCCCUCUACUUAGAAAUGCUCUCAACUAGUUCUUUUACUUUUGAAAAUGUGCCCACUUAA